GAUUCCCAUAUAAUCCUACAGUUUAUAAAAACCCGUAACUUGUGAAAACAAUCUGAGUUGACUCCUCAUCUCAUCCUCAGCUAAGCUUAUUAAACUCCCCUCCAUUUUCGCUCUCUCCUCUUUCUCUCUCUUCUCCUUGUCUACUUUCACAUGGGCAAAGCCGCCAAAUGGUUCAGAGGCCUCCUCGGCCUCAAGACCACCGACGCCACCCGCACCCACUCUCAGAAACCGCCGCCCAGGAAGAUAUGGAGCUUCGCCAAGUCGUCCAACAAGGAACCCGAUCGCCACCACGACGUCGACGACGACGCUGAAGCCAGCAAGCAUGCCAUCGCCGUCGCCGCCGCCACCGCCGCCGUCGCCGAGGCCGCCGUCGCCGCUGCCCACGCUGCCGCUGCCGUGGUUCAGCUCACCAGCAGCGGGCGGAACAUCUCCGCCGCCGGUCAGCGUCACGGGGGCCGGGAGGAGUGGGCGGCCGUUGCGAUUCAGUCGCAUUUUCGUGCCUAUCUGUCGAGGAGAGCUUUACGGGCGCUCAAGGCCUUGGUCAAGCUUCAAGCACUAGUGAGGGGUCACCUUGUGAGGAGGCAAACUGCGUAUGCCAUGCGCCGGUUGCAGGCUCUCGUUCGAGCACAAGUGAGAGCUCGGGCUGGGCGGGCUUUGAUGUCGGACUCCCCACAUUCGAGCACCAAAUCCUCUCACUUCAAUUAUCCGGGGCCAGCAACACCUGAGAAAUUCGAGCAUGCUAUUCGGUCUAGGAGCAUGAAGCACGAGCAGACGAUGAUGCUAAAGAGGAAUAGUUCGAGAUCAAGCGGAACACCCCACCACCACGAUCCAGAGAAGCCCCACACCAGCCGCGUCUUGUUGAUGGACAAUGGAGCGAGUGGAAGGUUGUGGGAGCAAGGCGAUGACAAGAUUCUUGAAGUGGACACCGGUAACAUUCACGUCACUUCCAAACGUAGGAGCCUCUUCUACUCUUCCCAUCUCAGUCUAGGCUCCGAUCACAACUGUCCGAGCUACACCACAUCCAAGGACUCCACAGCAAUACGGAGCAUUUCAUCGGGCGAAGUUCAAUCCUUGAGCCCCUUGAAAUUUGCAGAGGACGCAGACGAGAGCGCCUUCUGCACUGCUGACAACAGUCCGGCAUUCUACUCAGCAUCAUCGAGGGGGGGUGGCAGCUCCAAGCGAGGCGCCUUCACCCCUACCAAGAGCGAUGGCACGAGAAGCUGUCUAAGCGGUUACUCCGAUCAUCCAAAUUACAUGGCUUACACAGAAUCAUCAAAAGCUAAAGUAAGAUCCCUCAGUGCUCCGAAACAGAGACCUCAUCACUACGAGAGAUCGAGCUCUACCAAGAGGUAUUCAGUUCACGCCUAUGGUGAUUCGAGGCCUACUCAGAGAGUGUCUACAUUACACGCCAACUUCACCAGCAAGGCUUACCCCGGAUCCGGCCGCCUAGAUAGGUCCGGGAUGCCCGUUAGAGGCGACUUUGAUGGUUUCGGUGGUGCUAACUGGCAGAGAUUUUGAGUUAACUUGGCUCAGGUUUCUUUGUAAUUUUUAACCCAAUUGCUAAUGUAGCCAACUAGAGACUACUCUAACCGUGGAUGGUUUCAUCGUGUCGUUUUCCGUGUUCACAAAUUAGGAUCAGAUGUAACAGUAAAAUGUCUUUGCAAAGAAACAACUUAGCAUUGGCAAGAAUUGAAGGUGUUUGAUGCAUUUCUUAUUUGUAAAGUAUGAUAUUUAUGACUUUGGAGUCUGCAUGAAACACAUUUGUUAUUAGUA